AUGGCAAAAGAUGCAAUAGCUCUAAUUGAUCAUCUGGGUUGGGAAAAAGCUCAUGUAUUUGGUCAUUCAAUGGGUGGUAUGAUUGCUUGUAAGUUUGCUGCCAUGGUGCCUGAAAGAGUUUUGUCUCUGGCUUUGUUGAAUGUCACUGGUGGAGGUUAUGAAUGCAUACCAAAGUUAGAUCGUCAAACUCUGUCAAUUGCAAUGCGGUUUCUGAAGGCUCGAACUCCUGAGCAGAGGGCGGCUAUUGAUUUAGAUACCCAUUACUCACAGGAAUAUCUUGAAGAGUUGGUUGGACAAAAAACGAGAAGAUCAAUCUUAUAUCAAGAAUACGUAAAAGGAAUUUCGUCAACUGGCAUGCAAUCGAGUUAUGGAUUUGACGGUCAGAUCAACGCCUGCUGGACCCAUAAAAUGUCACAUACAGAACUUGAGUCUAUUCGUGUGGCUGGAUUUCCUGUAUCAGUAAUUCAUGGCAGGCAUGAUGUCAUUGCUCAGAUGUGCCAUGCAAAGCAACUUGCAGAGAAAUUGUAUCCUUGUGCAAGAAUGGUUGAGCUUAAUGGUGGCCAUCUUGUGAGCCAUGAGAGAACUGAAGAGGUCAAUCGAGCUCUUAUUGAGUUGAUCAAGGCAUCACAAAGUAUGGUGAAACUACACGACUGGACGAAUUUGUCCAAUAAAAGCAAUGGGUCUAAAUCUACUCGGAUAUCAUUGUGGAAAGCAGUCAGUUCAUCUUUUAUCGUUGAGAGUGUACAGAAGCUACAUAUUUUCUUAGUUUACCUUUUUGGUCUUUUUGUAUUCGCAUUCGAGCACUUAAGAAGAUGCGUGAGGAGGCUUAAUCCCGUCAGAGUUGGCUCGGCUCUUUCUUAA